AGCCCGUGCUACAGACCGAGUGCUCUCCUCCACCUGGCACCAUGCAGCUCUCUCGAGCCCCAUGCCUCAUCUGUCUGCUCGUACACGCUGCCUUCUGUGCUGUAGAGGGCCAGGGGUGGCAAGGCUUCAAGAACGAUGCCACGGAAAUCAUCCCCGGGCUUGGAGAGUACCCCGGACCCCCUCAGGAACUGGAGAACAACCAGACCAUGAACCGGGCGGAGAAUGGGGGCAGACCUCCCCACCAUCCCUAUGACACCAAAGACGUGUCGGAGUACAGCUGCCGCGAGCUGCACUACACCCGCUUCGUGACGGACGGCCCGUGCCGCAGCGCCAAGCCGGUCACCGAGUUGGUGUGCUCGGGCCAGUGCGGCCCCGCGCGGCUGCAGCCCAACGCCAUCGGACGCGUGAAGUGGUGGCGCCCGAAUGGACCCGAUUUCCGCUGCAUCCCGGAUCGCUACCGGGCGCAGCGGGUACAGCUGCUGUGCCCCGGGGGCGCGGCGCCGCGCGCGCGCAAGGUGCGUCUGGUGGCCUCGUGCAAGUGCAAGCGCCUCACCCGCUUCCACAACCAGUCGGAGCUCAAGGACUUCGGGCCCGAGACCGCGCGGCCGCAGAAGGGUCGCAAGCCGCGGCCCCGCGCCCGGGGAGCCAAAGCCAACCAAGCUGAGCUGGAGAACGCCUACUAGAGGGCGUCCACGCAGACGCAGCCCCCGCGCUAUCCGACUUCAGUGUAAAGCCUGCAGCCCAGGCCAGGAGUGCCAAACUUUCCAGACCGUGCGGAGUCCCCAGCCCGUACAGACCGCUCGCCCUCCUGCCUACUGCGGGGGUGGGGGCUGGGGGGCGGGGUUGGGGGGUGGGGUUCCCUCAGGCCAGGAGAGGGGGCUUGAGUCCCAGACUGAGCCACUCUGCCUAGCCCGGGGUGGGAGGGGAUGAGUCUUUCUACCCUCCCUGGACCCCUACAGGGACAAGGCAAUGCUUCCACCUUAAAGGGAAGGGAGUGUGGCACGAAGGACCUGGGACUGGUUAUGGAAGUACAGUAAGAUCUACUCCCUCCACCCAGUGUAAAGCCUGCGCGGGCAAGAACACGAACACAGCACUAGAUAGGGUUUCUGACCCUGACCUGGCCACUGAGUGUGAGGGUGGGUUCUGUGGUUCCCUUUUGGUACCGUCUCCUUUGUAAAAUAGGGACCGGAUGAGAUCAGACUUCUGCUGACAUUCCAAUGAUUGGGGUGCUCCCAUGUAGGCAGGUGAGAGAGAGGAGGAGAGGGGUGGGGGUAGAGGAGAGAUUGUGGUGGGCACCGCUUAGAAGAAGCUGUGGGUUCCCAGCCUGCCCUUCCCCAGAUGUUCGGCUUCCUCCAUUCUCAAAUCCUUAUCUGCGAUAGGGAAGGCCAGGGUCCGAGAGAUGAUGGAAGGGACAGAAAUCACACUCCUGCCCACCCCACCCCCCAAGAUCAGUGUCCCGCCCCCAGCUGCCUUGCCAUAUUUUAACAGAACAGCUUAAGGUCGUUGGAGGAAACUGGGCUUGCCAGUCACCUCCCAUCCCUGUCCCUUGCCAGGACACCUCCUCCCGCCUGCCACCCACGGACACACUUCUGUCUAGAAACAGAGCUUCUUCACACUGGCCUCUGAGAAGGCACAUCUUACAAUAAAAAGAAUAAUGCGGGGGAGGAGGGUGUGCGCAAGUGUUGUACAUAUGCUGAGAGGCUGUCAGGCGCCACAACGCCACCCACAAUCUUUUUGUAAAUCAUUUCCAGACACCUCUUACUUUCUGUGUAGAUUUUAAUUGUUAAAAGGGGAGGGAGGAGAAUGUUUGUAACAGAAGCACAUGGAGGGGGUGGGAAGCCCUUGGGGCUGGGCUGGUGGGUUUGGAGAACUUUCCAUGUGAGACUCAUCCACAAGACUGAAAGCCACGGUGUUUUUUUUUUUAAAAAGAGUUCAGUGACAUAUUUAUUUUCUCAUUUAAGUUAUUUAUGCCAACAUUUUUCUUGUAGAGAAAGGCAGUGUUAAUACGGCUUUGUGAAGCACAAGUGUGGUUUUUUGGCGACCAGAGGCAUUGUUAAUAAAGACAAUGAAUCUUGAG